AUGCGUCGUUCAGCAAUUGGUCUUGAUAUUGGCGGUGAACAUGUAACAGCUGCUCUUGUCGAUAUUGAAACAUUACAAAUUUAUAAUGAUACAAUUUAUUCACAUUUUAUUGAUUCUCAAGCGAAUGAUCCGAGACUAGUUAUAAAAUCUUGGAUCGAUUGUAUACAUGAUUUACUCAAUGAUUAUAUCGCAUCGUACGAUCAAUCAUCAAUCAAAUAUGACAUUGUGGGCAUUGGAAUUGGCUUGCCUGUACCACUUGAUUAUAAAAAUGGAAUAUCUUUAAUAAAAAAUCUUUAUAAAUAUGAAUCAUUUUAUGGAAUAAAUUUAACCAUGGCAAUAAAACAUGCUCUGAAAGAAUUAAUAUCCGAUGUUUUAACGAAUGUGGUGACAUCAUCGACAUCGAUAACAGAUUCAGAAACAACAAAAUAUUACACGGCACCAACAUCGUUUGAAUGUUUAACACCAUCCUCGUCGAUACUAUCACAAACUGAUGAUAAAGUCGGCUUAUUAAAACAUAGACAAAGUAUAUUAUCGUCCGAUACAUCAUUGUAUGGUCAAUCAAUAGAUGCGUGUGGUGAAAUAGGAUUUCCUAGAAAGGAUCCUAUACCUAAUACUACAUUAACUUCAACAGAUGAAAUAAAACCAUCAAAAACAUUUAUCGAACAACUGAGUAAUUAUUUUCAUAUGACUGAUGAUGAAAAAUUAAAACAUAAGCGACAAUCAAAUAUCAAACGUUCGCCAUCUUCUACACCUCAUUCAAUUCAAAAUAAAUCGAUUUUAUCGGGAAUUAUUGAAAAUCUUUAUAAUGUACCAAUUGUAUUUGUUAAUGAUGCAAUUAGUUUUGCAUUAGGACAAGCACAACAUGGAUAUGGUCAGGGUUAUCAAAAAAUAAUUGCUUUGACACUCGGAGUCAGCUUUGGAUCAGCAUUUAUACAAGAAGGAAACAUAAUCGUUGAGGAUGGAGACGAUGUACCAGAGGACGGUGCAUUAGGACAUUGUUCAUAUCGAAAUGGAAUUGCUGAUGAUUAUUUCUCCAUACGUGGUCUAUUGAAUUUAUACGAAUCAUUAAUACCUCAACAAUCACGUCAUAAUUCUAUACUAUCGACAUUGUCAGAUGAAACUAUUUCUACUCUACCAACAAUAUUAGAUGUUGAUAAUUCGGAUUUAGAUGAAUCUAAUUAUCAUUCACCAAAAAUUAUUGAUAACGGUUUAUUGACACCUUCAAAUGGAUUAGUCAAUGAUUCUACGACACCUCUCGAAAAUGGAACACAUAGUAUAAAUAAAACUGUCAACGAUAUACUCAAUACGAUGAACAAGAAAAUCAAUGGUACUAAACGUCAACUGAAUGGAUAUAUAUUGACACAAUUAGCUAUUCAUGGUGAUGAAUAUGCACAAAUGGCCUUUCAAUUAUUCGGACAGUAUUUAGGUGAUUUUCUUCGUAUCUAUGUAGAUAAAUUUCAACCGAAUAUGAUUAUCAUUGGUGGUGGUCUAGCACUAGCCUCUUAUCUAUUUGAAGAUAAAUUAAUUGAAGCAUUAGGAAAUGUAAAUGUUGAAAUCAAAUUUUGUUUAUCUCAUGAAUUUUCUAGUUGUAUUGGAUCCGUUUAUCAUUGGAUAAAGAACUAUAAAGAACAAGAGAUACCUAAAAAUCCUCGACAAACUGCUCAAUAUUUGUUACCAGUAGUGAAAACGAAUGAUGAAACAACAAUGACAUAUGAUAUUUAUCCAACUCAUUUAAUACCUGAUGGAGAAAUAUAUGUUGGAUAUAAAACAUUAUGCGAUAAAAUAUUUGAAUUAUUAGAUCAAAGUCAAAUGAUACUAAUUGAUGGUUAUGUUGGUACAUUUUUUGAUGAAUUUGCCACUGCUAUUAAUGAAUAUAGUAUACAACGAAAAAGUCAAAUGAUAUUAUUUUAUGAUACAAAAACAUUUUUAUUAAAUGAUGAUAAAAAACGUCAAUAUUACUUAGGUGAUAAUAAAUCAAUAUUUGGUCGUUUGUGUACAGAUAAAUUCGAAGAUUUUAUCGAUGAUGAUAAUUUUCAAUAUUUAAAACAAAGUUUAUCAUAUCCAUGUAUCGUAAUUGGACCAGGUGCAUCAUUAAUCGAUAAAGAAAGUCCAUUAAUUUAUAUUGAUUUACCAAAAAAUGAAUUAUACUAUCGUGUUCAAGCUCAACGAGCAACAAGUUAUUUAAAACCAUUAGAAAUCAAUAAUAAUAAUAAUAAUAAUAAUAAUCAAUUAUCAACAAAUGAUGAUGAUUGUGAUUUAACAAAAACUAUGUAUGAAAAAAAAUGUUUAUACUAUUUAGAUUAUCCUGUAUUUAAUCAGUUAAAAAAAGAAAUAACAUCACGUAUUGAUCUAUUUGUUGAUGGUCAACGACCAGAAUGUCCAUUAUGGUUUUUUGGUGAACAAUUUCGUUUAACUCUUGAAUAUUUAAUUACAAGACCAAUAAGAGUUCGUCCAUGGUUUGAACUCGAACCAUGGGGAGGUCAAUGGAUAAAACAAACAUGUGAAGGUAUAUCAAAAAAAGUGAAAAAUUAUGGUCGAUCUUAUGAAAUGAUUACUAAUGAAAAUGGUAUUAUUUUAUGUGAUAAAAAUAAACAUUUAUUAGAAAUAUCAUGGGAUUUUUUAUAUAAUACACAAACAACAUCAAUAUUAGGAAAUGAUGAACAUAUUGAUUUAUUUCAACAACAAUUUCCUAUUCGAUUUAAUUUUUUAGAUACAAUAGAUGGUGAAAAUUUAUCUAUUCAAUGUCAUCCAAAUUUAGAUUAUAUACGAACAAAUUUUGGUGAAAUUUAUACUCAAGAUGAAACAUAUUAUAUUUUAGAUACAAAACAUAAUGAUCAAGAACAAUCUUAUGUUUAUAUUGGAUUUGAAAAUGAUCAACAAACAUUUAUUGAAUCAUUUGAAAAUGAUUUAAAACAAAGUCAACAAAAUCAAAUAGAAAUUAAUAUUGAUAAAUAUAUAAAAAAAAUUAAAUCAAAUAAACAUGAUUUUUUUCUAAUUCCAAAUGAAACAAUUCAUGCAUUAGGAAAAAAUAAUAUUAUACUUGAAAUAAGUACUACACCCUAUAUAUAUACAUUUAAACUUUAUGAUUGGUUAAGAAAAAGUUUAGAUGAUUAUUUAUAUCCAUUAAAUAUUGUACAUGGUUUAAAAAAUAUAAAUUAUACACAAAAAUUUGAAUCAUUAAUAUGUCAACCAGAAUAUAUUGAACAUCAAAAUAAUCAUCAUUAUGAAAUUGAAUAUUUAAAAACUCAUAAAUUACAUUUUUAUGAUAUACAUCGUAUUACAAUUGAUACAGAAGAAAUAAUUGAAAUUCAAACAGAAAAUCGUUUUCAUUUAUGUAUGUUAGUUGAAGGUGAUGCAAUUGAAAUUAUAUAUAAUAAUCAAAUAUUUAUUUAUAAUUAUGCUGAAACAUUUCUAAUACCAGCAUCAAUAAAAACAUAUUCAAUUCGAAAAAUCAAACGAAAAACAUCAACAUUAUUAGAAACAAUAAAAAAUGAGAAUAAUGAUAUACCCAUUGUCUAUGUGAAUGAUGAAAAAUCAGACAAUAAUGAUUUUAAUCAUAAUAAAAAAUGGAUUCUUUUAAAAACAUUUUUAAAAUGGAACUGUGAUAAUUUAUUAGUAUAA